CUCUCAGUCUCAUCUUUUUCUUCUUCUUCAUUGCAUUGCAUAUUUGCAUAAAGCCUUCCAAUCACAACUUGUAGCUUCUUUCCUCACUCAGCCGCAGCAUCAUGUCACCGCCAUUAGAGGCGAACGUUGGAGAAUCCCUGGGUUUUAAGUGGGGCACUAAGAUGGGUGUUGAUGUGAAAAACAAAGACAUACAGUACUACGAGUCAUUUGUGUUGGAGGGUGUCGAGUAUUUUCUCUAUGAUUGUGUCUACAUGCAGACUACAGGGUUCCUUGAAACUUCCAUCGCCAAGCUUCUUAAGAUAUAUGAGAGGCCAACUCGGGAAAAGGUGGUCAGAGUUGUGUGGUAUUUUCGUCCCGUUGAAAUUCGGAAUUACUUGGCACAGUAUCAGCCACGUUGGGAUGAGUUGUUUUUGGCUUCCGGCGAGGGCCACAAAGGUGCUGCCAAUGACGUUGCUCUGGAAUCAAUUCUUGGAAAAUGCAAAAUUGUUUGCACUUCCAAGGACGAGAGAAAUCCUAAGCCAUUGGAUACGGACUUAAAGAAGGCAGACUACUUUUUCAAAUGUACUUUUGAUGUUGCAAGUCGUGUAAUCAUGGAUAAAUUUCCUAAAGAGAUUGAUGGAGUUAAAGUGGAGCAGUUCUUCAACAAGAAUGGGGAUGAAAAAACAAGUAGCCAUCUGCAUGUUGGGACAAAUAUGAGACCCAAAGUUGUAAUUAAGACUAGGACUGAUCCUUGUAUUAUCUCACAUUGUCAAGUUAGUGAUAAAGCUGAAAUGAGAACUUCUGUGAAUGUUUUGCCAAAGCAAUCACCAGAUUAUUUUCCAAAUAAAAAGAGGAAGAUUGUAGAAGAGAAGCCAACCAUUGGUCGAAGUAGCCAAGUCCUUAAUGAAGAGGAAAUUGAUGAGAAGAAGGUAGAGCUUAGACAGGAUGAAAGAGUCAAAACAUACAAUAAAGUCAUUGAAGUAAUGAAAAGGCCAGAUGCAGAAAAAAGAAAGUGGUUUAAGAAAAUGCCUUGGGAUGAUAGACUGCAGAGAGCUCAAGAGUUGAAUACCCUAGUUUUAUUGAAUAAUCUGGAUCCAUCCUAUACGUCAUCUGAAGUAGAGGAUCUUGUUUGGUGUGCUCUCAAAGCAAAGGUUGAGGCAAGGAUGAUAGAAUGGAGACCAACUUCCAAUACUUACUAUGGUAGAGCAUUGGUUAUUUUUAAAACAAAAGACGCAGCUGAAACUGCAAUAUCCGAGUUGAACAAGAGAUGCCUUACUCUUGGGGAAGGGAGGAUUGUCAGUGCCAUGAAGGGAACUCUAAGUGAGCCUGCCAAGAAAAGAAAUUUUACUGGCCAUUUGGUCAUUGACAGAGCUGCGCGUCAUAAGCAAAGCCAGGAGAUGAGAAAUGCAGUAUCAACAUCGCAUUGUUCCCAGCCCAAUACAAUUGAGUUCGAGAUGGCCAUUGAAUGGAAACUGCAAUAUGAGAAGUUCAAUGCAUGCUGGAAUGCACUACAUCAGAGACAAAGGAAGGAGAUACAGCGUGUGAAGAGUAAACUUAAAAUGGAUAGGAUUUUUUCUGAUGUCUCAUUGUCAAAUCCUCCUUGACGAAGAAUUUUAUUUUUCUAAUGUUUUGACUUUUUUAGCAAUCCAACAUGAUUUUGAGGGGGGGCAUGUUGAGGUUUUGUUUCCCCAGGUACAAGGAAAUUUUAGGUAGGCUAGAUUCACUUCCGCCCUG